AUGGCGGCUGCUCUAGGUAUUCAGGGAACUAUGAAUAAUACUUUCAAGGAUAAGGAGAAGCCCAUGGCGGUUCGCGCUGCGAACAUCAUGGCAGCCAGAGCCGUUGCGGACGCUAUAAGGACGUCGCUUGGGCCAAGGGGUAUGGAUAAGAUGAUACAAACUGGAAAGGGAGAGACGAUAAUUACGAACGAUGGAAAUACCAUGUUGAAGGAUAUGGCUGUUAUGCACCCCGCUGCUAAAAUGCUGGUAGACUUGAGUGCGGCACAGGAUGUUGAAGCUGGUGACGGCACUACGUCCGUUGUUGUCAUUGCUGGAAGUCUAUUAGGGGCCGCAGAGAGAUUACUUUCCAAAGGACUACAUCCUACUGUCAUCUCCGAGUCCUUCCAGCGCGCUGCUGCCGCUGCAGUCAAGAUCCUCGAAGGAAUGUCCCAGCCAAUCUCCCUAUCCGAUAGGGCUAUUCUCCUCCAAGCCGCAUCGACCUCGUUGUCUUCAAAGAUUGUCUCUCAAUACUCUAGUCUCCUCUCUCCCAUGGCAGUAGACUCUGUUCUCCGUGUUAUUGACCAAAAGACUGCCGAAAACGUUGAUCUCCGCAACAUUAGAAUAGUGAAGAAGGUUGGCGGUACGAUUGAAGACAGCGAGAUGAUUGAUGGUUUGAUAAUGAACCAGCCUGUGAUGAAGAGCGCGGGUGGUCCUACCAGGGUGGAAAAAGCCAAGAUUGCUCUUAUCCAGUUCCAACUGAGCCCUCCCAAGCCAGAUAUGGAGAACCAGAUUGUUGUCAACGAUUACCGACAGAUGGAUAAGAUUCUCAAAGAAGAGCGCACGUAUCUCCUCAACAUGAUCCGAAAGAUCGCCAAGACCAAAUGCAAUGUUAUCCUUAUUCAGAAAUCGAUUCUACGAGAUGCCGUCAACGACCUUUCUCUCAACUUCCUUUCCCGUGUCAAGAUCCUCGCUGUGAAGGAUAUCGAGCGUGACGAAGUAGAGUUCGUCUGCAAGAGCUUAGGCUGCAAACCCAUUGCUAACAUCGACUCCUUUACCGACGAUAAGCUUGGAACUGCUGACUUGGUCGAGGAAGUGAACUCGUCCGGAUCCAGAUACCUCAAGAUCACCGGCAUCCGCACCCCAACCGUUGCCCAGACCGUAUCUAUCGUCGCACGUGGAGCCAACAGCUUGAUUCUCGACGAGGUGGAACGUUCUCUCCACGAUGCCCUCUGCGUGGUUAGAUGUCUGGUUAAGAAGCGUGCCCUGAUUGCCGGUGGAGGAGCUCCCGAGAUCGAAAUCGCACAGGCCUUGGCCAAGCAAGCCCGUCUCUUGACCGGAACUGAAGCUAUCUGCUGGAAAGCAUUCGCCAGCGCCAUGGAAGUCAUCCCAGUUACCCUUGCUGAGAACGCAGGCUUGAACAGCAUCAAGGUCGUCACCGAUCUUCGCCAUCGUCACGAGAUGGGUGAGAAGAACGCCGGUGUAAGCAUCCGAAGCGGCGGUGUCAAAAUCAACAUAGCCGAUGAGCGCGUUCUGCAGCCACUGUUGGUUAGCACAAGUGCAGUUGAGCUUGCAGCUGAAACCGUCAAGCUUAUUUUACGAAUUGAUGACAUUGCUCUGUCGAGAUAA